AUGCAGCCUAUUGGCUACAAGCGGAAGUGCAGCCUCUUGGUCUGGCAGUUCGUCUCUGCCAUCAUAUUUUCUGGGGUCGCCAUCAUGGCUCUCACUUUCCCUGAUCAGCUCUAUGAUGCCGUCUUUGAAGAAGAAUCCGUCAACAGCAAGACUCCUAUCAGGCUGUACGGAGGAGCCCUCCUCAGUCUCUCCCUUAUCAUGUGGAAUGCCCUGUACACAUCUGAGAAGGUCAUCAUCCGUUGGACCCUGCUGACAGAAGCCUGUUACUUUGGGGUGCAGUUCCUAGUUACCACCAUCACCCUUGUUGAGAGUGGCCGGAUAUCCACAGGUGCCAUGCUCCUCCUCACCAGCCGGAUCCUCUUCACCCUCAUCACCGUUUACUAUUAUUACCAAGUUGGACGGCGACCCAAGAAAGUCUAAUCCCUGAGGAUUUUUUUGGUGGGGGAGGAGGGGUUCUGUUAAUAAUUUUCCUUUCCUUUUUUUUUUUUUUUUUGGUCCCCCUUUUGUUCUAAAGCAAUUCUCCUUUUUUUCCACUUACCAGCAUGAAUCAGUGUGUAAACCCAGGGCUGGCUCCAUUGCCACAAAGCGCAGGGGGAGAGCCAACCCCUGCAGCCCUCCCUAUAUCUGCCUAGAGAAGGCAAGUGAAUGCAGCAGGGAAGGCUGACAAGACGUAAGGACCAGUCAGGCUCAGGGACAAUGGAGGAAACCGGCCAGUGGAAUCACAAGCUCAGAAACCUUUUCAGCAAAGCACAAAAUGAUUGUAGCACAUAGAAACUGAAUCCUAGAGGGGAGAGGAAGCAAAGGCAGCUGGCCAAGGACUCAAUCUAGCUCCUGUAGGCUUGGAGCCGCUCAUUUGCCUUUCACUCACACAUAGAGCCUUUUUCCCCCUUUAGUGAGUAGACUUCAGCACUAAUCCUGGCCAGCCCUCUAAGGCAGGGCUGCUGACACAGCUCCAAUCAGAUAGUGUUGCGGUUUUUAGAGACAACACCCACUGUAUUUACUCUGUGCUGACAGAUGCAAUAGCAAUGCUGGCAGAACACAGUGGCUUAAAUACAGCAAGAAAAGAGGGUGGCAUCUUUAUUCUCUCUCAUCACAGUCCUGUGAAACUCCAAGCCAAGCUACAUCCAAAUCUUGUGUGUGGAUCUCUGUAAGGGAGAGUGGUGCAAAAGGAUGGAGAAAACUCUUGGGUUGCAUUAGGGGACAAAUGUAAAGAGCUGUUGAAUAGUCUAAGACUGAAUAAGCCUUGUUGUCUUGGAAGUUUGGUAUAUAGUCUAGGCUGCUGCUUGUAUUUUUUCCCCUAAUUCCUAUUGCAGUAGUUCCCCUGCGUGUAACACUAGUGAGUGCACUAGCAUAGAUCAGCCAAUGACACUUUAACCAGUCCCCUACUUCGGUCUAGAUGAGGCCAUGGCUAAAAUACUCCCCUUAUGUCCUGUCUAUGCUAGAGCCCCCUCUUUGCUACUGCUUGUGGAGCUGUAUCAGUGUUAAGGAGAGUGAGGAAAAAGGCUCGUGUCAAUGAGGACUGCAGGGGGUAAAUCAGUGUUCUGUAGGUACUUGUGUGACUCUUACUCUAGUGAAGUGAGGGAGUAGAUGAGCCAGCUGGUCUUCUCCACUCCUAAUGUACAGGUACCAAUUUCCCCUUGGAUUCAGCAGAAAAAAGGACCCAAUGCUGAGGUCUUAUGUCUUCAGGAUUCUAUUUGGCUGGGAUAAAGAAUGGCUGAGCAGGGAAAAGUACUAGGCCCAUCUUGCCUUCCCCAGGCAUUCCAAGACUUCAUUAUUCCCUGACCAUUGCCUCUCAUUGCUCUUGAGGCUGAGGAGGACUUAACCCUGGCUCCAAAGCACUGGCUCUUCUAUGCUUCUAGUGACAAUCCUGGAGAAGCUAGUACGUUGCCCCACCUGCUUUCCAGUACCAUGCUGCUUGUUCUCCACUGUACUGAAAUCCGAAGGAUUGGACAGAUGGCAU